UUCGUGCAUUUUUAUCUACCCAAAGCUUUUUAAGAACUUUUAACAGAAAGUUAAGUUUAUGUUAUUGUUAAUAUCUGCCAUUAGAUUUUCCAAAAUUAUAAUUUUGUGAAAUUCCCUUUAUAACAUUAAUUAUAGAAAAAGUCUGCACAUCAUAAUCGAUUUAAAACACCUGUACGAUUUAUAAACAAAUAGGUAAUUGUAGCGCAAACAUUGUAAAACACACUAUCAACGAUAACACUAUAAUGGAUAACGAAAAUAUGGAUAAAGUAUUACAAAUUUUUAACAAUAUCCUCGGCGAUAGCGAAGCUCUAGAUGAGGCAGUUGAUGAGGAAUUUUACUGCAGUAUAUUCGGCAGAGAACCACCCAAACCACCGCAUAUGGAAAUAAAUUUUGAAAAAUAUCUACGAGAUACUUAUAAAGGUAAAAUAAAAUUAUUGCAGCGAUCUACAUUUCAUCAGAUAAAACGACCCACAUUGAUAAUGUUUAAUCACUUUCAACAAAAAUGUGCCUAUCUAGCUAAAUGGUUACAUUUAUUAAGCCAACUAUCUAAUAAAUAUGAUAAUUGUAUAGAAUUUUUAGCAGCCGAUAUGUUAGAUAUAGAUAUAAUGCAUAAAGAAUGGAAAUCCUUGGAUUAUAUUUGUAAAUUCACCAGCCCCGAAAGACAGGCACCCUAUAUUUUUGCCAUAGAUCAAAGCAAGAGAAUUUAUCAAUAUAAUAAUAGCAAUAAAUCUUUAGAAUAUCUAAUGGAAUUUUGUGAACAAUUUUUAAGUGGUAAACUUUGUAUUUCCGAACCUUUGCCGUUAGAUAAUGAUAAAAAUUUAGUUAAAAUCUGUGUUUAUCAAAAUUAUGAAGAAUUGGUUUUAAAAUCCAAUAAACAUAUACUACUGGUAGUGGGUAAAAGGCGAGGCAGUAAUCCGUAUGACACAAAUUAUGAAAAAGUGGCCUUAGCCCUUAAAGAUUAUAAUCUAGAGGUGUGUUACCUUAUAGCUGAGAAAAAGAAUAAAAAUAUUUUUACCAAAUUUGGUUACGGCUGCAGAAAGGACGAAUAUGUGAUUAAAUGGCUUAAACAACAGAUCGAAAAUUCGGUUAAUGGAAUCGAAAAAUAUAAUGAAACAGAUAAACCCAUAAGCGAUAGUUUCGAUAACUUGGAAAAGUAUUUAACUGAACAUUUUGAUAAAAACAUAAAAAUUUUUAACCGGGAAUAUUUUUAUGAUUUUCAACUAAGACGAAAAAAUAUUUUACUUAUUUUUGUGAGUUUACAAUUUAGAAAAUCUUCUCAUUUUAACAAAUAUCUAGAAAAACUCCAAGAACUUCAACAAAACUUUAAAUUUGAAGUGGAAAUUUCAAUAGCAGACUAUAGAGAUUUUGAUAUAAUAAAACAAGAUUAUGAAUGUGAUAACUUUUCGUAUGAUUUAUCUGCAGAUGAAAUCAAAAUAUAUGCCUUUGAUAUUCAACAAAAUAUAUACCAAUACGAUUGCAGGCAACAUUUAGAUACAUUAUAUUACUUUUUAAACGAUUUAUGCAAAGGACAGCUCUACUACUCCCAACUUACGCCGGAAAAACUAAAACAUAACCAUUCUUUAGUGACCACCUGUACAGCCGAUAAUUUAAAGUUAUAUGUAAAAAAUUGUAAAAGACAUAUAGGACUUUUUGUCUAUAACCUGAACUAUAAAGAUAAUGAUAAAAUAUUACUUGCCUUAGAAAAUAUCGCACGUAAUGUUAAGAAAUCUGGUGUAAAGAUAUUAAAAAUUAAUGCUGUGAUAAAUUAUAUACCUUUGGAAUAUCGCAGUGAUCAAUAUCCGGUAUUUUAUUUUAUAUCUAGAUUUAAAAAGCGUAAAAUAUGUUGUACUUUAAGUAGAAAUUCCCUAGAAAUAAUUGAUUUUAUAAAAACGAAUGUUAAAGAAAGUGAAGAAAAAGAUAAUAAAUAAAAAUGGUGUAAAAAUUAUUUUGCGAUCUAGCUGUUUGUAAGCUAAGGGGAUGCACUUU